GUUCUCAGAACUGGUCUCUAAAGUUCGAGAAUCAUAUCUGAUCCAAGAAAUAACACCGAAAGAGUUACAUGCUUCACUUAAUAGCAACACUUCCACUAUCACAAAACCAAAUAUAAUAUUGAUUGAUGUUCGUGAAAAAGAUGAACAAUUACGUGGUAUCAUACCAACCGCUAUACCAUUACCACGUGGAGUUCUUGAAAGAGAUAUUGAACGGAAAGUCGUUAGUAUUGAUGAAGUUAAUUCAGAAACCAGUAGAAAUGUUAUUCUUUAUUGUGCUGGUGGUUUAAGAAGUAUCAUGGCAGCAGAAAGUUUGAUUAGAUUGGGAUACAAAAAAGAAAGUGUCAAGAGCCUGAAAGGUGGUUAUGAUGAGUGGAAAAAAAGUGGUUUUCAAGUUAUGGAUUAUGAUUCUUCGAAGAAAACGUGA